UAGGAAGAGAUGAAAGGAGGGAGGAGACUGCUGGGAACCAAGCAUUUUGGGAGCGACAGGGGGAGUGUAGACUAGUUAAAUAUGAAAAGCACCGUUCUGUGACACUCGUGAGGGACGGUCGGUUUCCAACACAUUUUAGAAAGUGCGCAAGAGGAGCGUAUCUGCAGCGACAACAGCUAUGCGUCAUAACUUGAAAGUGCUCAGCGUCCUUCUUGUGAUCGCAUCUGCGCUUUUGCAAACUGCAACAUCGCGUAUCUUCAAUGAAUCUAUCUACAUGGUGACCAUGAGCUCCCAGGUGGUGGGAGGCGGGAUGGAGACUGUGUGUGCCCACGUUCAUGGCCCCACAGAGCCCCUCUCCCUCAGGGUGAUCCUGAAGCUGAAGCAGGCCAACGCCACCCUGCUGGAGGAGACUGGGGUCUCCCAGGACUACUACCGCUGCGUGUCCUUCCAGGUCCCCCCUGUGGGCCGUGAGACUGUGGCCACCCUCCAUGUCUCAGUGACCGGAGAGAAGGACUCCAUGAGCAAGAAGGCCAAGAUCCUCAUCAGACCCUCCACCUUCAUCACCCUCGUCCAGACAGACAAGCCCAUCUACAAACCUGGCCAGAAGAUUCAGUUUCGAAUCGUCUCGCUGGAUUCCAGUUUUGUGCCGCACAAUCAGAUGUUUCAAACUGUGGAGCUUCAGGACCCCAACUCCAACCGCAUCGCUCAGUGGCUAAACCAAUCAACAGUGAGCGGCAUCCUGGACUUGUCCCACCCCACAACACCAGAGGCCACCCAGGGUGCCUACACCAUCACCGCCUGGACCGAGAAGGGCAAACAGAUUAAACAGUUCUUCGACAUCAAGGAAUAUGUCCUUCCUAAGUACGAGGUGAAGGUCCAGCUACCCAGCGUCAUCACCAUCCUGGACACAGAGGCCACUCUCAGGGUCUGUGGAAAGUACACGUAUGGAAAGCCUGUCCUGGGUUCUGUGAAGGCUGAGGUCUGCAGGAAGAGGGGAUACAGAUACUACUGGCUAUUUGACAGGGAAAUCACCUCUGACAUAUGCAUAAAGUAUGAGAUGACUAACUGCAAUGCAUCUUCAUUUGAUCUAAUUACCUCAUGA